GCAGUGCCGGAGUCGAACGCAGUGUCGGAGUCGAACGCAGAACCGGACAGCUCCUUCGCAUACAGCGUCUCCAGCCCGUGUACUGCUUGCAAUUGCAAGCGGAGGCGAGGGAGUCACCAUCGCCGCUGCCUUCAUCGGAUCGGAUCGUUCUUGCGGAUCAAUCGCACACUCUCAUGGGCGAUUGAUUUGUGCCGUGGCCCGUUUACUGCUUGCAAUUGCAAGCGGAGGCGAGGGAGUCACCAUCGCCGCUGCAGGUGACAGUCAUCGAGAUUCAGGGUCUGUCAAGAGGGCAGUUAACCAGCAGAAGAAGGUGCAUCCUUUCUCUGACUUUAGCAGGGGCCUACCACAAUGGUCAGACAAUGAAUUGUUGUCACCUGAUGAAAUAGAGGGGCUUGAUUUGGAAAGUUUCUGGUGCCUGGUUGGAGAUCUGCAAGCGCCCAUCAUUUGAGUAGGUCGGGUUUAGUCACCAUCGCCGCUGCCUAUCGUUCUUGCGGAUCAAUCGCACACUCUCAUGUGCGAUUGAUUUGUGCCGUGGAUAAGAAAUGAGUAAGCGCAAAAAAUAUUUGACCUGCUCGCGCAAGUAUGAUCUGCCGUUGUUCUGUGCUGCGUGGACCGCUGCUGUUGUUCCAAAGCCUCGGAACAAGGAGGACGGGGCAGCAGCAGAUGAUGGAGCUGGCGUCGCGCACGUUGUGUUCGGAGGUGGAGGUGGGAAUCGGAAGAGCGGGGUGAAAAACAAAUUGCUGCUGGCUCAUUAUGAUUUUGCCUCGGACAUGCUGUCAGAAGCGGUGUAUACCCUAUCUACGGAUGAUGAUCCUCCGUAUCGUUUGGCAGUGCACCCAGGUAGCAAUAAGAUUGUCUGUUCCAUCUCCAAGGAUUGCAGGCUACUCGAGUUGAACGCCGAAGAAGACUUGAAGUUAGAAGUAUCAAAGAGAGUUGUACAGCCGCUGCAAGAUAUCGGCGAGCAAAAUUGCUUGGUUUUUAGUGGGGAUGGCACACGGUUGGCCACCGGUGGAGAGGAUGGUCAUCUUCGUGUCUUUGAGUGGCCUAGUUUGGAGUUGGUUAUGGAUCAGGCAGGCGCACAUACUGCAGUUAAAGACAUAGAUUUCAGCUUGGAUGGAUCGCUUUUGGUCUCAACCGGAGACGCUGGUCCCUGCCGUGUUUGGGACCUGUCAAAGGCGUCUGCAGUGACCUCAUUGUCGGCCAGUAAGGGUGCAAACCUUGGGCUUUGUCGAUUUUCGAGAGAUGGAACCAAACCAUUCCUUUUUAUUACUAUGAGGGAAGGCAGUAAAGGGGUGAUCUCUAUAUGGAAUUCCACAACUUGGAAAAUGUCUACUUCGAAGAGACUGUCUGAAUAUCCAAUCUCAGCCUUCGCCAUAAGCCCAGACGGGAGGUUUCUUGCAAUUGGAAAUUCCGAAGGAGACGUGAAAGUCUUGAAUGCCAACAAUUUGGGGGUUGUAAUGCAGGUGAAGAGUGCGCACAUGGUUUUUGUCACAUCCAUGGAGUUCUCACCCAAUAGCAGAGCUCUCUUGUCGGUGUCAGGUGACUCCAGUGCUCGCGUCACAGCCAUAUCGGAACCAACCAAGCGGGAAGGAUGGAGAAUUUACAUGUUGAUGUUCCUGUUGCUUUUGUUAAGCUACUGGUUCUUCAUAGUUCGCAAGCAAGACGAGGCCGGCGGGGACUUAUCUGUUCGGGCUGUGAUUAACUAUCUGGACUUAUCUGUUCGGGCUGUGUUCCAUUUGGGUGUCCGUCGUUGAAUUUCUGUCGAAGGCCCACUCUCAAAAUCGAAGUUCAGUUCGACCGAAAGGUUAGAGUUAACCUUACAUGCGCCACUGGAGGACAUUUUCACGAGUAAAUUGUAUGUCGUCCUUCUCUAUUCGUUGUAUAUGAAGACUUGAAGAAGUGAUAAUGAAAGACUUUCCCUCGCUCUCUCAGCGAAGUCAAGUGACUUCAGGAUUACCACACCGAGGAAACUUCAUGCUUGCAAGAAAUAGGGAAGUCCUUCAGGGAAGGCGAUUAGGACUGUUUUGUCCCAUAAAUUACCCGCCGCUCAUUUAAAAGCCCUCAUUGGGUUGGUUGUAUAGCAAGUUCAGUGCUCUCUGGUCUCAAACACUCCGGGAAAUGAGCAGCUUGUGUGGGAGUUGAUAGAUAAUUGUGUAGAUGAGUAACUUUACGUGUUGCAAAGAUUGAGGUAGAGAAAUCGAUCGAACGAGGUGGCAUCGAUGGCGGUUCUUUGGACUGUUAGCCACGGUUCAAUUUAGUCAACUUUAGUACCAGCAAAAGCUGGAGCCAUCAUGUACUGUACCAUGUUGCCAAAACGAGCUCUAAGUAAUUUGAAGACCAGAAGUAUCAAUCGUUG